GCGACUGAAAAUUUUUGAUUUGGACUCUUCCUAUAUUUUUCCUCAAAUUUAAUGGAUUUCUUGCAAUAAAACACACAUUGAUUAUUUUGAUCGGUGAAAUAAAGACCCCCUAAUGUCCACCAACGGUUUUGAUGGGCCCCUGAAGACCCUCUUCAAUAAGGCCAAGAAAAAGGAUGCAGAGAAAGCUUCAUCUGCAGCAGAGGCUGCCCUUGCGGCUACUGCAGAUAUAGCAGUAGGUGCUGGGGAUGCAUCUCAAGCUCAUACAUCCAAGCCAGCAUCCAACAAACGUCUGUCAGUGGAAAGAAUCUAUCAGAAAAAGACCCAAUUGGAACACAUCUUGCUCCGCCCUGAUACAUACAUUGGGUCUAUAGAAGCCCUCACACAGCCAAUGUGGGUAUACGAUGAUACUGAGGACUGCAUGGCGUUGAGAGAGAUCACAUAUGUUCCUGGGUUGUACAAGAUAUUUGAUGAAAUCCUUGUGAAUGCAGCUGAUAACAAGGUGCGUGAUCCCAAAAUGACGAUGAUCAAAAUCGACAUCGACCCUGAACAGAACAUGAUCAAAAUCUGGAACAAUGGAAAAGGAAUCCCUGUCGUUCAACACAAAGAGGAGCACAUGUAUGUGCCAACAAUGAUCUUUGGUCAUUUGUUGACAUCGAGUAAUUAUGACGACGAGCAGAAGAAGACAACAGGAGGACGCAAUGGUUACGGUGCAAAGCUUUGCAAUAUCUUCAGUAGGAAGUUUGUUGUGGAAACCUCCGCUAAAGACUAUAAAAAAAACUUUAAACAGACAUGGACGAACAACAUGUCCAAGGCUUCAGAACCCAAGAUUGGCAAUGAUAAAAGUGAUGACUUCACAGCUAUCACAUUUUAUCCCGACCUUGACAAAUUCAAGAUGACUGUGCUCGACAAGGAUAUUGUGGAUUUGUUCACAAAAAGGGCGUAUGACAUUGCAGCGGCCUGUCAUGGCGGUGUCAAAGUCUUUCUGAAUGGGAAGAGAUUGCCGAUAAAAAAUUUCCGAGACUACGUCGAGAUGUACAUCAAGAACAAGACAGAUGAUAACAAUGCACCUUUGAAGGUCGUCCAUGAAGUGGUGAAUACGCGCUGGGAGGUGGCUGUCACACAGAGCGACAAAGGGUUCCAACAAGCCAGUUUCGUCAACAGUAUCGCCACGACAAAGGGCGGACGCCAUAUUGACUACAUCACAGAUCAAGUCGUAAACAAGCUCAUUAGUGUCGUCAAGAAGAAGGGUGGCAAAGGAAACUUCAACAUCAAACCAUUCCAGGUGAAAAGUCACUUGUGGGUGUUUGUGAAUUGCCUGAUUGAGAAUCCAUCAUUUGACUCUCAGACCAAGGAGAACAUGACGUCACUGGUCAAGGCUUUCGGCUCAAAAUGUCAACUCGGGGAAAAGUUUGUCACCAACGUCAGCAAAUCUGGCAUCGUGGAGAACAUCCUCUCGUGGAUGAAGUUCAAAGCCCAGGCGCAGCUAAACAAAAAGUCUGGUGCCAAGACGUCCAAGCUGAAAGGCGUACCAAAACUUGACGAUGCAAACAACGCUGGUACGAGGUUCGCUCAUGAUUGUGUUCUUAUCUUGACGGAGGGAGAUUCAGCCAAGGCGUUGGCAGUGGCAGGACUUGGCGUGGUGGGCCGUGACAACUAUGGCGUGUUCCCGCUGCGUGGUAAGGUACUCAAUGUGCGAGACGCCAGUCAUAAACAGAUCAUGGAAAACGCCGAGGUGAACAACAUCAUCAAGAUCGUCGGCCUCAAGUACAAAACAAAAUACGAAACACCGGAAGAGUUAAAGACGUUACGCUACGGAAAGAUCAUGAUAAUGGCUGAUCAGGAUCAGGAUGGUUCACAUAUCAAGGGACUCUUAGUCAACUUCUUCCAUCACAACUGGCCGGCACUUCUCAGGUCAUCGUUCCUGGAGGAGUUUAUUACCCCAAUUGUCAAGGUGACUAAGAACAAGCGUGAGGUAUCAUUCUACAGUUUGCCCGAGUUUGAAGAGUGGAAGAAGGACACUCCAAACUGGCCAUCAUGGAGGGUCAAGUACUACAAGGGUUUGGGUACCAGUACAUCAAAGGAGGCCAAGGAAUACUUCUCUGACAUGCUCCGGCAUCGGAUCAAAUUCAAAUAUUCGGGACCCGAGGAUGAUGCCUCAAUUAAUCUGGCGUUCAGCAGGAAGAAGACUGAUGAGAGGAAAGAAUGGUUGACCAAUUGGAUGGAGGAGAGACGUAAUCGUGCAGAGAUGGGACUGCCAGAGCUCUACCUGUAUGGCAAGGAGACCCGGGCCAUCAGCUAUAAUGAGUUCAUCAACAGAGAGUUGAUUUUGUUCAGUAACGCUGACAAUGAGAGGUCCAUUCCUUCUUUUGUAGAUGGCUUGAAACCAGGCCAGCGGAAGGUUUUGUUUACCUGCUUGAAGAGAAAUGACAAGCGGGAAGUCAAGGUUGCCCAGCUUGCUGGUUCUGUCGCUGAGCAUUCAUCGUACCAUCAUGGUGAGGCUUCAUUGAUGCAGACGAUCGUCAACUUGGCGCAAAACUUUGUUGGUAGCAACAACAUCAACAUCUUGCAGCCAAUUGGUCAGUUUGGAACGCGACUCCAUGGAGGAAAAGAUGCUGCCAGUCCCAGAUAUAUCUUUACAAUGCUCAGCCCUCUUGCAAAGCACAUCUUCAACCCCCUCGACACACCAAUGUUGAAUACCCUCUUCGACGACAACCAGUCCGUGGAACCUGAGUGGUAUUGUCCUAUCUUACCUAUGGUGCUUGUCAAUGGCGCAGAUGGUAUCGGCACUGGUUGGAGCACACGCGUCCAGAAUUAUAACCCCAGGGACAUUGUGGAAAAUCUGAAACGCCUCAUGAAUGGAGAGGAACCAAAGCAUAUGUUGCCUUGGUAUAAAAACUUCAAGGGUGACAUCAUGGAAGUUGACGAUACACGAUGCGUGGUCAAUGGUGAGAUUGCCAUCCUCGAUGAAAACACGGUAGAAAUCACUGAGUUGCCCAUCCGGUUGUGGACGCAGAGCUACAAGGAACAAGUACUGGAACCCUUCCUUCAGGGAACAGAAAAAGUAACACCUUGCAUCCAAGAUUACAAGGAGUAUCACACAGACAGCACGGUGCGCUUUGUCGUCAAGAUGGCGAGAGAGAAGUUAGACCACGCUCGUGCUCAAGGUUUACACAAGUACUUCAAAAUUCAGUCUCCAGCCAAUACGAGCCUCAUGGUGUUAUUUGAUUCCAAGGGCUGCAUUAAGCGGUACAGUACCCCCAUUGAGAUCCUCAAGGAGUUCUUUGAGUUGCGCAUGGACCGCUACCAGAUAAGGAAGGAGUAUAUGGAGGGCAUUAUGUCAGCGGAGGCGCUCAAGUUGGAAAACCAGGCACGCUUCAUCCAAGAAGUAGCAGAGGCGAAAAUCAAGAUCGAGGACAUCAGAAAGAAGAGCACCAAGGAGAUGGUUCAGAUGUUACUGCGGCUUGGUUACGACUCUGACCCGAUCAAGGCUUGGAAGGCAGCGCAGAAUAAACUCAGGUUGAUUGAAUCUCAGACGAACCAGGAUGAAGAGGAGGAAGAGGAAGUUGAGAAGGGUCCGGACUUCAACUACCUGCUUGACAUGACGGUGAAGACACUCAACAAGGACAAGAGGGAGGCGUUACUCAAACAGAGAGAUGAGAAGAAUGAUGAGCUGCACACGCUCAGGAGGAAGUCCCCGAAGGACCUCUGGCACGAGGAUCUGGCUGCCUUCCUCGAAGAGCUCGAUAAAGUCGAGCAAAAGGAACGGGAGGAUGACAAAGCCGGCGCAAAGAUUGUGGCUAAAACAUCGGGCAAGGGAGGUGGCGGGCGUGGUGCCAUGAAGCAAAAGAAACUCAUCACAGAGAUGCUACCAUCGCCGAUGGCCGAGCGGGUUGUCCCAGUUAUCGAUGACGCAUACAAGAAGAAGGAACCUGCAGCCAAGAAAGCGAAAAAGGCAGCUAAGGAUGAUGGCUUGAAACAGACGAACCUGAUGGAAGCGUUCGAUGAUGAUGAUGACAGCAACGAGUUGAAGCCUCUCUCUGAACGCAUCGGCAGCCCGGGGAAGAAAGCUGCAGGAAAGGUGGAGAAAGCCAACAAACCCAAGAAACCGAGAGCACCAAAGAAACAGAAAGACCCUGAUGAAAGUGGAUCGCCCAAGAAAAAAGGGAGAAAACCAACAGGCUCACCAAAAGGCAAAGGAAAGAAGAAAAACCCCUGGUCAGACUCUGAGAGUGACACCAUUGAAGAAGAGUUUUCAGAUGAUAACUUUGGGGAGGAGGAGAGGGUGUUCAUUCCACGGGAGAGAGCGGCUGGUAGCAGGAGGGCAGCAGCUUCAAAGGCCACAUUCAAAUUUGGUGACGAAAGUGACGAUGACCUGGCAUCAAACCCCAGCAGAGAAGCCAUCGAUGACGACCUAGCAUCGAAUCACAGCAAUGAUGACAUGGAUGUUUAUGAGGUCAACAAUGAUGCGGCUAAUGAUGAUGAUGGGGUUGCAGCUGACCCGCUGGAUUCUGAUAGCGACUUUGGAGGAUCUGUUGAUCCACCUAGUCGCAAUGGGAAGAACAAGUAUGUCAUCGACAGUGAGAGUGAUACCACUGACAUGGAUGAGGAAGCUCCAAAGCCCAAAAAGCAGGCAACAUUCGAUGACAUCUUCGGCAAACCUAAUGUAGAACCCAAGAAGACAAGCGCAGCUCCCAAACCGAAGAUGACAGUCACAUUCAGUGAUGAUGAUGAUGAUGAUGAUUUUGGUGAUCUAGUCAUGGAGACAGAGGAGACAAACUCACAGACCUCCACAGCUACAGCCGACUCCAUCUUCAGUAAACCAGCCAGUAAGCCAGCCAGUAAACCAGUCAAAGAACCCAAGAAAAGAGCCCCGAAGAAACCUAAAGCUGACGGAGAGCCGAAACCGAAGAAGCCACGAGCACCGAAGAAGAAGAAAAUUAGUGACGAUGACACAGAUGAUGAAAUGAUGCCCAAGAAAAAGACGAAGAAAGCACCAGCAAAGAAAGGAAAAAAGGCCAGCUUUGACUCGGACUUUGACGAUGACGAUUUUGCCGCCAGUACCACUCUGACCCACAAUCCAUCAGCUGAUCGAGCAGGACGCCAGAGAAAACAAGUCAAAUAUACUUUCGAUGAUGAUGAUGAGGAUAGCGACAGUUGGACAUGAGUCAAUUGCCACAGUUAUUGAGAACCUUGUUUUUAAGAGAUCAAGACAUUACUGUCUUAAAGUGUUGGCAGUUGGAGAAAGUGUCAAGCUGAGUACGGACACUCAGAUUUGUUUAAGUCCUCUGUUCUUGCAUAAGCAAAUUCCUUCCAGGUUUCAAAAACACUGGCUUUUACAAUUUCUGUUUCAAAGGGUAUCAAUCAUAGCCCAGGGGUUUGUUUCCUUGUGCGCUGGCAAACCGCUCACCUGUAUCUUCAAACCAUGGCUUUUUGUAUGUUUUGUCAGGACUCGGAUUUGUAAUGUGAAAUUGUGAGAUUCCACAACGUGUUCAUGGAACAAGUCUGUAUGUUGACUAUCAGACAUAAAUGUGAUUUGAAUCAUUCAGUGAAUCGAUUGAGUUGGAUGUGAAGCAGUCACACACGCAUGACUAUAAAGACAAUUUAGCCGCAGCCUGGGGGUUGGAGAAUAUGCAGCUUCUGUGCCUGAGUUGUAAAAUGUAUUUUUAGGAAGAGUCGAUUUUGUAUUAUACUUUUUGGAUGGUUUUGGUAGUCAUACAUGUAACUUAGGAUAAUUAUUCAUGAUGUGCAGUAUGUUUUAUCAUUCAUAUUCGACACGCAGUGCACUUUAAUUACUAAGGUUGUAGUAAUUAUGUCCUUGUUGAGUAUGUUUACACUUAUUGUAAGUUUAGGUGAGGCCUGUUCUUGUUUUGAAACAACGACCGAUGGUUUAAAGCUCAGAUGCUCUCAUCUGAUCGAAUGUUUUAAAAACUCUGUAACAGUAAUUUCAAUGAUAUUCAAACACAAAAUGAAAACGUAAGUAAAAUUUUCCUGGUUUACAGUAAGGCCGAAGUUACAUAGACCUCAUUCGUUCAUUUCCCAGGACUCAUUUUCCCCUUUUGCUUUCGUUCCCCUGUAAAAGCACGGCCUUGUGGCGUGCAUUCACCGAGGAAUGAAAGAAAAACCCGUAAAGUGACUCGUGGUAAAUGAACGAAUGAGGCCUAUGCAACUUCGGUCUAAUGCCCACAGUCAUGGAUAUUGAUAAACUUCAGUCGUGCAAAAGUGCAGCUGACAGAAUAAACCUGAUGUACUCUACAUGUACAACUGCUUGUAGUUUGUAACUUGUAAAUAGGAGUUUGUGCACUAGUAUUUUAUGUGUAUAGUUGCAUCCUGCUUUUCUAUACCAAUGGAUUUUGUAAAGUAGUGAGUCGUGUGCAAUGCAACAUUGUAAAACUUGAUGACAUAUUUACUGAAAGUGUCAAAAUGUCCCGAUCGUUGGAUCUCUUGUGAAACAUUUGUCAUUUCUUGUAAACUGCAUUUAUUCAUGUUCAUGUAACAAAGACAUCCAACCUUUUGUAAG